AUGCUGUACAUUGUCGGUCUGGGACUCUCUGACGAGCAUGACAUCACUGUGAAGGGCCUCGAGGCGGUCAAGUCGUCCGAGCGCGUGUACCUCGAGGGCUACACCAGCAUCCUGAUGGUCGAGAAGGAGAAGCUCGAGGCCUUCUACGGCAAGGACGUGAUCAUUGCUGACCGCGAGAUGGUGGAGUCCAACAGCGACGAGAUUCUGCGCGAUGCUGCCAAUGUUAAUGUGUCGUUUCUGGUUGUCGGCGAUCCGUUUGGCGCCACUACCCACACCGAUCUGGUCAUCCGCGCCCACGAGCUCGGCAUCCCAGUAAAGUCGAUUCACAACGCCAGCAUCAUGAAUGCCAUCGGCGCGACUGGUCUGCAGCUCUACAGCUUUGGCCAGACCAUCUCGAUGGUGUUCUUCACCGAGACCUGGCGCCCCGACAGCUGGUACGACCGUGUAAAGGAGAACUCCGACAUUGGCUUGCACACCCUGUGCCUGCUGGAUAUCAAGGUCAAGGAGCAGAGCAUCGAGAACAUGGCCCGCGGCCGUCUGAUCUAUGAGCCUCCCAGAUACAUGACUGUUAACCAGGCUGCUGAGCAGAUGCUUGAAAUUGAGGACAAGCGUGGAGAGAAGGCCUAUACUGCCGACACCCUGGCUGUCGGUGUUUCGCGCCUGGGGUCGGACGACCAGAUUAUCCGUGCUGGCACUCUGCAGCAGCUCGUUGAUGUUGACUUUGGCAAGCCCCUGCACUCGCUUGUUCUUGUUGGCAGCCGUCUGCACCUUCUUGAGGCCGAGAUUCUGCGCGAGAAUGCUGUGGACCUGGAGCACUUGAACAUGGUUCUCAAGCGCGACUACAACAUUGACAAUUAA